CUUUUUCUUACAGACUUGCUCAGUAUAUCUUCUUUUAUAUACUUUGACCCCCUUCGUACUAGACCACCUGUAUAUCCGAGGUAGGGUGGCAUUAUUCGAUAUACUACUACUAUCAUCACGAUCCGCACAAUUGAACCUCUCUAUCCUUCCGAAUUUCGAGACGAUAUCCCCUUCCUCAAAGGCCAUUCCUUCUCUGACGGCAGUGGAUGCGGCAGCAAUGUGCAACUACUUCAAAAAUUACUACAUAUACAGCACUUGCCGUGAGCCCAAUGUGCAUUUCAUCCGAACAUCCAUCGAUGGAUCUAAAGAAAACCGAUGUAAUGAUGGUCCUCAUGAUCGAUUUAUUGUGGUGGUCGGCAAAUGUCGACUUUGUCGUUGAUUCUAUAUGGAUCGACGUCAACGAAACACUAUAUGGCACUCAACGGCCUCCUCCGAAUUUAGAAUCUUCACGGCAUAUCUCACGAAUUCUUUCGAACCACCAUCAUUAAAAAUUCUUCGAUUAUUCCAUGAGCGCCUUAUUUACUCUCUCAUCAUCUGUCUAUCCGACUUGUCUUUUUUUUUUUUUUCUUUUCUAUUUUUGUUAUUACCUACUCUCUUUCUUUAUUCCUUUCCCUCUCUAUGUCUUCCAGAAAUUCCAGGCGAAAUUCUUCUGUCACAUGUAUAUUGGAUUUGGCACGGGCAUCAUGUAUGGCGCUUUAAGGAGUCAACAAAAGAGGGUCGGCUUUUUUUCCUUUUCCUUUUCCUUUUUCUUUCUUUUUUAUUUUAUUUUAUUUUCUUCUCUCUAUCCUGUUUAGACCCCAUUGAUGUUUGGCUUCAGUUCAUG